UCCUCCUGCCUUGCUGCAGAGCACCGUGGAUAACAGCAGCUUCAGAUUUGUGAACACACAAUACCCACUUCCCAUUUCUGGGAAACUCGAAACCCCGACUUUACUUUUAUCAGUGCCUACAAUUUCUCACCGGAAAUUUGAAACCCUAGGUUUUCAUUCAGGAGGAUAUGAACAAGGAAACGUUGGAACCGGGAAGUAGUGGUGGUGGGUUCCACUCGGUUCACGCAGAGCGUGACCUUGAAUCUAAUUGGGAAGUCAACCUCGCCAAGAAACUUGAGGAGUAUUUACUGAAAAUUUGCUCCGGUGAGAUCACCGGGGUAGAAGAGGAAGGUCACAUUUCCGUAAAUUUUGCUGAAGCUGCUCUGCUGCUUCAGGGUUCUAUACAGGUGUACAGUCGGAAGGUGGAAUAUCUUUACACAUUGGUAUUACGUGCUUUAGAGUUUCUUUCUCAGAAAAGAUUGCAGGAACAAUUAGAUGGGCCAGGGCCAUCAGUCCAGCCUGAAGAAAGUGGUGCCCCAGCCGUUGGCGAUGAAGAAAAUGAUCAAUUUUGGUGUUUAGAUGACAUCCCAGUGGAAGAAAAUAUUUCCUUGGAUAGUACACCAGGAAAAGAAGUCAAUUUGAAUCACUUUGUAAAGCGUCCUGCAAAUCUCGUUGUUCUUGAGGGUGACUGCUUGGAUGCUACCGGUCGUGGUGGGGAAUUGGAGUCUUAUCUGUUGGCCACCACAAACUUGUAUCAUGAUUUUAUUCUUUUGGACACUUCUGAUGCUGUUGCACUUAAUGAGUAUCUGAGGGGAAACAAAGUAGGGACAGAGCAAAAUGGUGCCUACAGAGGGAGCUCAAAUCGUAAAAGCUUUCAUUCUCCCAGAGGACGUUCUACUGGAAGUGCACCCAAAAAUUCUGCUGCAAAGAGUCAGCAUGCUAAUCCCAGCUUUACUCCUCAACAUAAUUGCAGAUUUGAUGCUGAUAACAUUCCAAUAAAUUCUCCUGCUUCUGCUGGUUUUGAUAACUGCAACAAUGGACUUCAUGUGGAUGAUGGAUGUGAUGCAUAUCCCUCAAACAGUUCAAGCGAUGAUGAAGAUGAUCCAUGGAAACCUUUAAAUCCUCAUGAGCCAGGCAAUCUGAGAGUGAAGCCCUUUAGAAAAGUGAAAGCUUUUAAGAGCAAAGGAGUCAAUUUAAACAGACGUGUAUCUAUAAGUUCCUUAUUUCCACCUGCAAAAUUGCAUGGUCCUAUCAAUCCAGAGCUCAUGAAUAUAUGGGAAAGCCGACGCUAUGCCAACAAACAGAAGGAUAGCUCAUCACCUCCAUUGUAUGAAAAGCUAAGGCAAUCACUUGUUAAUGGUGGGGAUGAAAUUAAUGGCACAUUUCCGAACCCUGAAAAUUGCAAUGAUGACAACUUAUAUGAUAGUGAGAACCCUGAUCUAGAAGUUCCAGAGAAUGUCAAUAUGGAUGAAGAUAUGCCUGCUUGCAGUAAAGAGUAUGACAAUGGCGAUGCUUAUGUUGACGUUGAUGAGGCUAUAGGUAAUGAAUAUCCAAAUUCUCAGUCAAGUCUGGAAGAUCUCUGUCGCUCUCACUUGGAUUCUCUCCUGGCUAGCAUAGCUAAGACCGAGAAGCAAACUGAAAUGGCAGCUCGGGUUUCUACAUGGAAACAAAGAAUUGAGCACAACUUGGAAGAACAGGAAUCACACCCGCCAUUUGAUAUCCAUGACUAUGGGGAGAAUAUCCUGGACAAACUUUCAUUUGAAGAGCAAGAAAACAGUAUCUUGUCCUUUUCUGAUGUGGUCAAGGGGCAAGAGAAGUAUGAUGUGGCUCGAAGUUUUUCUGCUUUACUUCAACUGGUAAACAAUGGAGACGUGCAUUUAGAAAGAAGUGGAAAUGAUGGCGAAUCUGUGUGUUACACAGGCGUGAAUCCGUUUCAUGUUAGGCUCCUAAAUCAUGAGAAGAAACGUGAUAACGCACAGCUGCGUUUGACAAAAAAGCGAGCAAAGUCUCCAACCAAAAAGGCAUUGACGAAAGGGAACAGGAACAAAACUGCAAGGCUGAAUUCUCCCAACACCAAUUCAUCUAAGAGGGGGUUGUCGCCUCCAUCAUCAAAUUGUAAGUUCUCUGUGAAGCUUGCGAAGGCAAGUGCCAUAAGGUGCACUCCAGAAGGGAAGAGGAGACGAAGGUCUCAAUAUGUGGAGCCAAUUAACUUACAUUCUGCAGGGUGACACACUCUAAACCUGCAGUUUUAUCCCCACGGCCAACAUUGACUUUCAUUCAAGACAUCCACUGGAUGUCAUUUAGUAGAUUAGCGUAUGAAAUCAUUGCAGUCCAGGGUUUCACUAAAUACUAACAGCUCUCGUUCUGCAAUUUGUAUUGCUAUAUCCCUGUGAAUAUUAAUAUAUCUAUGUACUGAUACGAUCUUGUAAGUUGUAACCCCAUAUGUAUUCUUUUGAAUGAAAUGAUAAUGCUUGCUCGCUAGCUUGA